AUGAGCCGUCUUUACCAGCACAGCCUGCUGACACGCUUCUUGCCGCUAAUUAUCACCGUCCAUGUCAACAAUCUCGGCUGGAUGCGGCGAGGAAACCGUCAGAUAGCGAGAUAUCGAGGAGCCGAGACGACGGACGCGAUACCCCGGCCCACCGUCCCCAAACAACUCCGCCCCCUCCCAUCCAGAGUCAGCACGGUCCGGCACGGCACGACGCAGAGGAGGAGGGGGGAGGAGACUAGGAGACGACAGCCUAAGGGAAAGAAGGCUAAGGGGAAGAAGGUGGCACCUGCCCCUUCUGUGGCCAAGAAACAUGAGGCCAAAAAAGUUGUAAACCCCCUCUUUGAGAAGAGGCCAAAGAACUUUGGCAUCGGCCAGGAUAUUCAGCCCAAGCGUGACUUAACACGCUUUGUGAAAUGGCCUCGUUACAUUCGCCUGCAGAGGCAGCGCUCCAUCCUCUACAAGCGUCUGAAGGUCCCCCCUGCAAUCAACCAGUUCACCCAGGCUCUGGACCGCCAGACUGCCACACAGCUGUUCAAGCUGGCCCACAAGUACAGGCCAGAGACCAAGCAGGAGAAGAAGCAGAGGCUGCUGGCUCGCGCUGAGCAGAAGGCCGCUGGAAAGGGAGACACCCCAACCAAGAGGCCCCCUGUCCUCCGUGCAGGCGUGAACACUGUCACCACUCUGGUGGAGAACAAGAAGGCUCAGCUGGUCAUCAUCGCCCACGAUGUGGACCCCAUUGAGCUCGUCGUGUUCCUGCCAGCUCUGUGCCGCAAAAUGGGUGUCCCAUACUGCAUCGUUAAGGGCAAGGCUAGACUGGGCAGACUGGUGCACAGAAAGACAUGCACUUCAGUCGCCUUCACACAGAUUAACCCUGAGGAUAAGGGUGCACUUGCAAAGCUUGUGGAAGCCAUCAAGACCAACUACAACGACAGAUAUGAGGAGAUCCGUCGUCACUGGGGAGGCGGAAUCAUGGGUCCCAAAUCCACAGCUCGCAUCAGCAAGCUGGAGAAGGCAAAGGCCAAGGAACUGGCCACCAAGCUUGGUUAAAUUGUUUGGAAUAAAAAAUAUAUGUCCUAAA